UUGACCAUUUCUCUACUCUUAUCUAGAUCAGGACAGUCCAACCCAACCUUUUAUCUCCAGAAAGGCUUUCAACAAUAUGUACUCAGGAAGAAACCACCUGGUCCACUUCUUCCUAAAGCACAUAAGAUUGAUAGAGAAUUUAAAGUCCAGAAAGCUUUGUUUUCAAUUGGAUUCCCUGUUCCCAAGCCUUUACUGUACUGCAGCAAUGCUUCUGUUAUUGGAACAGAAUUUUAUGUGAUGGAACAUGUGCAGGGUCGAAUCUUUCGUGAUUUCACAAUUCCUGGAGUUAGCCCAGCAGAGCGCUCAGCCAUAUAUGUGGCCAUGAUAGAAACCCUGGCUCAGUUACAUUCCCUGAAUAUACACUCAUUGCAGCUGGAAGGAUAUGGUAUAGGUUCUGGGUACUGCAAAAGGCAGUCUCGAGUUAUAGCUGUACUGGAUUGGGAGCUUUCAACCAUUGGUCAUCCUUUGUCAGACUUAGCACAUCUCUGUAUGUUCUACUUUUGGCCAAGGGCAGUUCCACUGAUAAGUCAAGGUUCUUUUUUUCAAGAAGACAUAGGGAUACCAUCAAUGGAGGAACUAAUUUCAGUAUAUUGCCGCUGCAGGGGAAUCACUCCUAUUCUUCCUAACUGGAAUUUCUUUCUUGCCCUUUCAUUUUUUAAAAUGGCUGCGAUAGUACAGGGAGUAUACAGUAGAUAUCUUCUUGGAAAUAAUGUAUCUGAGAAUAGCUUUCAGUUUGCCAAUGUUGUGCAACCUCUGGCAGAAACUGGUCUGCAGCUCUCAAAAAGCCGUUAUUCAAAAGAGAGGCCAGAAUUAGCAGAGGAAGCCACGCAGCCUUGCUCUUUCAUUCAUAAACAUGAACGGGCAGUCAAGGAAAACAUGCAGCACAGGAGAGAAGUGUCCCAAGAAAUGGCCAAAGCAGAGGGCCUCUGGAACUUGUUUUUGCCAGCUGUAAGCGGUCUCAACCAGGUGGACUAUGCCUUGAUUGCUGAGGAAACAGGGAAAUGCUUUUUUGCUCCAGAUGUCUUCAACUGCCAAGCACCAGACACGGGGAACAUGGAGUUGCUGCACCUCUAUGGAAAUGAAAAGCAGAAGCAGCAGUGGCUUGAGCCUCUUCUUCAAGGGAGCAUUGCCUCCUGCUUCUGUAUGACAGAGCCUGAUGUCGCAUCCAGUGAUGCCACGAAUAUUGAAUGUAGCAUCCAACGAGAUGGAGAUAGUUACGUAAUUAAUGGCAAGAAGUGGUGGAGUAGCGGAGCUGGUAACCCAAAGUGCAAAAUUGCAGUUGUUUUGGGAAGAACUAGAAAUACCUCUGCAAGCAGACACAAACAGCACAGCAUGAUUCUUGUUCCGAUCAGCACACCUGGAGUAGAAGUAGUCAGGCCUUUGUCAGUUUUUGGCUACAUGGAUCAUUUGCACGGAGGACAUUUUGAGAUCCAUUUUAAUCAAGUGCGAGUUCCUGCCACCAAUUUAAUACUAGGUGAAGGAAGAGGGUUUGAAAUUGCCCAGGGCCGCCUUGGACCUGGCAGAAUCCACCACUGUAUGAGAGUGGUAGGCUUGGCGGAACGCGCUUUGCAGAUCAUGUGUAAACGGGCAGCACAAAGGGUGGCCUUUAAGAAGAAGCUGUAUUCACAUGAAGUUGUGGCUCACUGGAUUGCUGAAAGCCGCAUUGCCAUUGAAGAGAUCCGCUUGUUGACCCUGAGAGCCGCCCACAAAAUUGACACUCUGGGCAGUGCUGGCGCCAAGAAAGAGAUUGCAAUGAUUAAAGUGGCUGCCCCGCGGGCAGCCUGCAAAAUUAUUGACCAGGCCAUCCAAGUGUGCGGAGGCGCAGGUCUGUCCCAGGAUUACCCGCUGGCUUACAUGUACGCCUUAACGCGAUCUUUGCGCUUAGCAGAUGGGCCCGAUGAAGUCCACCUCUCAGCGAUCGCAAAAUUGGAGCUUAAGGACCAAGCCAGAAGCUUGAUGGCCAAGAUGUAGGAAGGCGACACCGCCUCACCAUUAGACAAGCUUCAUGGGCUCCAGCAUUUGAAUCUCAUUCUAUUUUUGCAGCAAUUUAACCACAGGAUUUAAUUACUCACUUUUAGUAAAGAUUUGAGCAUCUGUUUUGAUCAGUGGGUGUUAUAAUUUCAAGGGUCACACAGGUUUAAGUUAGAUAAGAAAUACUAUAGCUGUUGUCAUUCAGUCUAAUACCUAAGUGUUUUGCAUUUUUUAAAUACUCAACUAGUAAAGAGAUAAUGAAAUAAAUUGAGAGCUAAAGCAUAGGCAUAAAAAUAUUUUCACUUUGAUUCUCAUGACUUGUUCCAUUUAAAUAAAUAUUCAAGGAAUAUUUACUCACUCCUUUGUAAAUAAUAUAAUGGGAUCUCCUUUUCAACACUGGUCUUAGGGGUUGGUUUAAUAUUUUGCAUUAAUGUUUACUUUGGAGAAAGAUGCAUGGCUAAUUGGGUCAUUUUAGAAUUCAUAUCAAAGUUUCUCCAUAAUUUGACAGGAAGCAUUUAUACAUAAUAUCUGAAUGUAGUUUAACAUUUAUUACAAAAUAUGGCAUAUUAUGACAAAAUGUAAUUAAGAAAAAUUUUAAUUUAUACUAUGUUGAUGAGACAGUGGAUAGUUACAA